UCGUCGUCUGUACAAAUAGGUGUUCGUUUGCUUGAAUAAUCCGGUGUAUUUGACUAUUUCUCCGCAAUAGUCGUCCAGUUUAUCUUUGGUGUUUGUUAUUUGAUAUUGUAGUCGUCACGGGCACUUGCUUUGUUCCUGCGCCAAACGUUCCAACCUCCUGUACUUCACAGAUGUGACUAGCCCUGGGCAUUUCGCGGACGGCCGAUAAUGUGUUGCAAUGUCCCCGGUGGUAGCCGAUACGACAACAGCAGCUGAAACCCUUGCAUCACCGAACGACGAGGGAGCCAGAAGCUCCAAACAGCAGCCGAUUACGCUCAUUCUGCCCACCAGCGGAAAGUUAUUCUUCGAGAAAAAAGACGAAUUUCAGCUUUGCAAGCCGCAACUUCUCCCACUGAAGUCGUUCAGUCUGGAGAAGUUGGAGAGAAUGCACCAGGAAGCACAGCGGCAGCUACAAGAAACCAGGAUUCGUACGGCGGCUAGCAAAAGCGGUAUCAACUUCUAA